CUAUCGUUAUAACCAACAAGCAGUUCGUCGGUGGUAGAAAUUACGGUAUUUGGUUGUGUGUUAAGUACAACGAUGAAUUGCAAAAGAUAGUCGGUAUUGACGAAAAAAAAUACGCGACGUAUGUGUUGCGAAUGAUCAACGCCGCGUUCCGUCCCAUGAUAUAAUCUUCGCUUCAAAGUCGGGGAAAAUCUCGUGGCGCUGUUUCAGCAGCUGAUCAACUGGCACAAUCUCCAGGCAAAAUUUUCGUUUCUAGUCAGCUAGGUGAUCCGCUAUAAACAAUGGCCGGAUAUGUAUUGAGAGUCAAAACGAAAUCAGGUCAAAGGGUCGUGAAUGGAUUGCUCCCGCAGGAUAAACUUGGCAAAUUACGAUCAAAGCUUGUUGAGAUAACAGGAAUACCAGCUGAGGCACUUCACGUUCUUGGUGGUUUUCCACCAAGACCAAUUAAUCUGAACGAUGAAUCGAACUCACUUGAAAUGUGUGGCAUCAUUUCGGGUGACACCUUAAUUGUAGAAGAAAAACCACCACUUUACAACGGAAAUCAAAAACCAGAGGAAAUCGGACGAUCUCACAUUGUUGAUGAAAAAGAUUUUGCCAAUACACCUGGAGUACUGAUGAAAAAGGUUGUACCUGCGGAUAAUUCUUGCUUGUUUACCAGUGUUGGUUACGUACUCAAUGGAAAGGUUGACCCUAGUUGUGCGAGCUUCAUGAGGGAGAUUAUAGCAAAUGCGGUAGCAUCUGAUCCUGUAGAAUAUUCUGAAGCUUUCCUGGGCCGACCAAACCAUGAAUAUUGUACAUGGAUUUUGAAACCAGAAUCAUGGGGUGGAGCUAUAGAAUUAUCAAUAUUAUCCAAAUUUUAUGGAUUAGAAAUAGCAGUAAUUGAUAGUAUUAAUGCUAUAAUCAAUAGAUUCGGAGAAGAUCAACAUUAUGCUCAAAGAGUUUUUCUAAUAUUUGAUGGAAUUCAUUAUGAUCCUUUGUAUUUGGAACCACUUGAUGCUGGCAGUAUUCAAACAAUCUUCCCUACAGAAGAUGAGAAAAUAUUGUUCGAAGCAACUGAACUAGCAAAAGAAGUCAAAUCUAGUCGUCAAUUCACAGACAUUCAAAAAUUUAUGUUAAUGUGCAAUGAUUGUAAAGUUAAAUUAAAUGGUCAAAUGGAGGCUCGGCAACAUGCUAUGGAGACAGGUCACAUGAAUUUCGGCGAAGUAGCUGUGUAACGAAUUAGAUCGAUCUCUUGGCAAUUAUCGAUCAGUUUUAAGCGGACUGCUGUUUGAGAAUCCUACUAAAUUCAAGUCUCAAGCAGAAUUUUCUACUUAAGCGAGGCUUGUAAGCGGACUAGCUAUUUAAUAUUAAUACUUUGUUGUUAAUAUAAGAUAUAUGCAGUGCACUAUGAGGAUUGUUUAGACAUGUAAUAUACACAGAUUUUUAAUUUUGACUAAAGAUUAAAAUUUCCUUAACCAAA